UCCCCUCUUUUCCCGCAAGAUGGCGAUGCUGGCGGAACGUGAGUAUGAAGCCGGUUGAAACGGAGCAGGUAGAAAAUAGCGCGAGCACGUCACAAACUGAAAUGGUCUGUGGAUCCCCGGAACAGUACUUGGAGUAAAGAUGAAUCAAAAUUUGGCCAGAAGAUGUUGGAAAAAAUGGGAUGGUCAAAAGGCAAGGGGCUUGGGGCUCAAGAACAAGGCAGCACAGAGCAUAUUAAGGUUCAGGUGAAGAACAACACAUUGGGAUUGGGAGCAUCUGUGAGCCAAGAGGAUAACUGGAUUGCUCACCAAGAUGAUUUCAACCAGCUUUUGGCAGAGUUGAAUAACAAUUAUACACAAGAUGACCCAGAAUCUACUUACAAAAAUAGAAAGAAAACUUUUAACCUUGAAGAAAAAUCCAAGAUCUCUAAAAAACGUGUUCACUAUGUGAAAUUUGCCAAAGGAAAAGAUCUCUCUUCACGAAGUGAAGAUGACCUAUCCUGUAUUUUUGGGAAACGCAAAGUCAAAAAAAUGCAAGAUGAUGCUGCUACCACAGACUUUCUAGCGGAAGAUUCAAAAAAAGUGAUCGUGCCACCUGACCAAAUAGAUGGGAGCAAUACUGUAACCAGCACUCUUACCGUGCAGGAAUAUUUUGCCAAGCGUAUGAAAAAACUGAAGAAAACUCAACAUUGCACCAAAGUAGAGCCAGGUAAUUCUCCUCCAGCGAUGGUUGAGAAGUUGGAGUGUUUGGAAUCCCAGACAAAGAAGAAGAAGAAAAGACACAAACAUGCACAGGAUGAGGCUGGAGAACCAACGAUUAUCUGCACUGGGAUACUAGAUUCAAGCAGAGAUGAAGUGGACACCCAGAAAAAGAAAAAGAGAAAGAAAUCUAAACGCCUGGACACCAGUAAUGAUCUUAUUUAUAAUGAAUCUCAAAUUGGUAAUCAAAAGGCAAGACAAUGUUCCUUUGAAACAUCUAAGGAAGAGAAUAAUGAUUUAGGAGAGCAAAAAUCAAAGAAAAGGAAAAAGAGCAAAAAAAGUAGACUGGAAUGUAACUGAAGAUGUUGCAUGCAUAAAGCUGAAGAAGAAAUGGUCCAGUUAAUACAAAUCUGCAUGUUUAACUUCAUUGAAAUAAACGUAGAUUUCCAAAUUUACCCAAAUAAAUAAGCAACAUUUUAUAAAACA